AUGGCGAUGGUGAUGGCGAUGCGAAGAUGUAAAGAGAUGGAAGACUGCAGCACUCGGACAUUAUGCCCCUCGAGCCCGGCUCGGGGCGGGGUGGUCGUUGUUGUGCCUGAGGCAAUUUUCGAGGAGUUUGGGUGUUGGUUGGUGGUGCCCGCACUGGCCUCGCUUAGGACCAUCAAGUGA